CAGAAAACGUCAGUGUCAAAAGUCAAGACGGAUUGAUGUUCCUUUUUGUUUCUUGAUUGUACUGAAUAAAAACAAAGUUGAAAAUGAUAAAAUAUAAACGGGAAUAUUGUUUGAAUCUGAAACAGAAAACUAUUCGUUUGUAGAAGGAAUUUUCGUACAACCAAGCAACAUGGAGCAGAAACCAGCGACAGAUAUAGUGUUAUCAGCAAUAAGCACUCUUUACAAUAAUCCUAACAGAAGUGAGAAAGAACAGGCUUCCCAAUGGUUGUUACAACUCCAGAAAUCUGUACACGCUUGGACUGUUGCAGAUGAGCUAUUACAAGCGAAGAAGGAUGUGGAAUCGUGUUACUUUGCAGCACAAACUAUGAGGACUAAAAUCCAUCAGUCUUUCCAUGAAUUACCACUAGAAGUACACACUUCGCUGAGAGAUUCUCUUUUAAAUCACGUCAGUCAAAUCACUGAAGCAGCUAGUACAGUUGUAGUGACUCAGUUGUGCCUUGCUUUAGCUGAUUUAAUUCUCCAAUUGCCCUCCUGGCAGAAGCCGGCCUUGGAUUUAAUCACCAGGUUUUCCCAAAAUCACAUUUGGCCACUUCUUGAGGUGCUAACUGUGCUACCAGAAGAAUUAGAAACUAGAUCUGUUAGAUUAGGCGAAAAUAGGAGAAUGGAGGUAUUAGACGACAUGAAAUUCUGUGCACCAACAGUAAGUGAUUUCUUGAAACAUUGUUGUAACAUGUAUGGAACAAAUUGGCAUGACCACAUACAAGUGAAUGUGAAAAUUUUAAGAUGCUUCACGUCAUGGAUUUCUAUUGGAGCCAUAAGCUUAAAUGAUAUUGCAGAUCAUAUGAUAAUAAAUAGAGCAUUUGAGAUUUUGAAUUUCAAACCACAAAAUGAAAAGGAAACAUUAGCUGGUGCAUUUCAUGAGGCUGCUACAGAUUGCAUAUGUACCUUGUUACACUGUUUAGAAGAUAACAAUAACCAAAUGGAACUAGAAAAUUUUUUGUUUAACAAUAUAGUAAAUCUAGAAGUACCUUAUCAUAUGUCUGUAGCAAAUGAAGACCAAGGGAAAGCAAUGGACUACUGUAGGCUUUUUACAGAACUAGCAGAGACAAUGCUGGAAAAAAUUGUCUCACAAAGCUCACCUAAGCAAAUGCACUAUGCAACAAAAGUAUUAGAUCUCGUUUUAAUCUGUGUAGGGCAUCAUGACUAUGAAGUAGCUGAGAUAACAUUCAACUUAUGGUAUGUACUCAGUGAAGAACUGUAUCAAAGGAAUAAUAAAGAAAUAACAGAGCUAUUUAGACCUUACAUUGAAAGGCUGAUUACUGCAUUAUGUCGUCAUUGUCAAAUGGAGCCAGAUUACGAAGGAUUAUUGGAUGAUGGAGAUGAGUUCAAAGACUUUAGAUUGAAAGUAUCAGAUUUGAUAAAGGACAUUGUGUUCAUAGUAGGCAGCAGCAGUUGUUUUAGGCAAAUGUUCAUGAGUUUGCAGGAACCUGGAGUGACUUGGGAAGUUAGCGAGGCUGCCUUAUUCAUCAUGCAGGCUGUGGCUAAGAAUGUCUUGCCAAGUGAAAAUGAAGUUGUUCCAAAAGUAGCAGAGGCAAUUCUUAGUAUUCCUGAAAACACACAUAUAGCUGUGAGAUACACGUCAGUUUUACUAUUGGGUGAAUUGUGUGAAUGGAUUGAAAAACAUCCUGAUACUUUAGAUCCAGUACUCAACUUUUUGGUAUGUUGCCUUCCUCAUGCAGGUACAGGAGCUGCAGCAGCAGUGGCUCUUGAAAAUAUUUGUGGUGCUUGUAGCGAAUAUAUGCCACAUCAUUUGCCAGUACUGCUUCAACUACUGAGUCAAGUAGAUACAUUUGCCAUUACCAACAAUGCUGUUAUAGGACUACUAAAAGGUGUUGCUGCUAUCAUGGGAAAAGUUUCACAUAAUGAUAUUAGUGCAGCUGUUAGAGAACUUUGUUUCAUGCAGCUGAAGCCUUUGAGUGAGUUGAUUGAACAGAAUAUAGUUCCUGUGAGAGGUACAAAGACAGAUCCAGUGUUAUGGUUGGACAGACUUGGAGCUAUAUUCAAAUUCAUCAAGGUCAAUCUGAGAGAAGGUGAACCUCAUCCGCUGAAACCAGUUAUUUUAGAAGUAUGGCCAGUUUUGUCACAAGCUUUUGACAAAUUUCAAAAUGACAUUAGGAUUAUGGAAAGAUGCUGCCGAUCUGUGAGGUUCAUGUUACGAAGCGCCAGCCUGCAAGUUCGAGAGAUCCUGGAUAGCUUAGUUAGCCAGAUGAUUCGCAUUUACGCCAGUUAUCCUCAUUCAUGCUUCUUAUAUGUAGGCAGUAUCUUGGUGGAUGAAUACGCGACAGAACCAGACUGCGUGCCAGGACUGCUCGAUAUGUUACAUGCCUUCCUUGAACCCACCUUCCAGCUGCUGCGUGUAGAAAACGGCCUCCGGAACCACCCGGAUACAGUGGACGAUUUCUUCAGGCUGUGUGCCAGGUUCAUGCAACGUGCUCCUAUUCCAUUCUUGAAGAGUUCCUCUCUGAUACCAAUCCUGCAGUGUGCGCUCAUGGCCUCCACGCUAGACCACAAGGAGGCGAACAUGUCUGUGAUGAAGUUUUUCUAUGAUCUUAUUGACAAGGGACAAGCCAACAAACUCCAGCCAGAUUACCAAGAACGCAGGUCGUUGAUAGAACGGCUGCUGGACGAGUAUGGUCAGCAACUGGUCACGAAUUUGAUCCAUUCGUGCAUAUUCUACCUACAUUCGUACAUGCUGAGCGAGGUGGCUGAUGUGAUACUCCAACUUCUCGACUUUAACAGAGACACAACGAGCAAAUGGUUAGCUAAUGGACUAGACUCGUUACCUAAACAUAACAAUGGAGGACUGAUGACGGCAACACCGCAACAGUUAAAUGACAUUCAUGCAACGAUUGUCCAAGCACACACUUCCAAAGCUGUGACUCAUGCCCUGAAAGACUUGUUAACAUUGUACCGCUGAAGAUUUGGAACAAAGUGAUUGAUGAUGUCUAAUUUUAGAACGAAUAAAUUUUAUUGUAAUCAGACAUUCUUUUUAUGUAUUAAUGUACAUUAAGUUGAAUGUAUUUUUAUGGACUGUAAUAUAAAUAAAUUAAGUGAUAGGCUAUAAGAAUUUCAUAUACUAUCUGCAGAACACCAUGUGAAGUGGUGGAUAUUAUUGGGUUAUUGUGAGAUAUGUACCCUAUAGCAUCGCAGCAAUCAAGGUGAAAUCAAAGAGAAGUUAUAUAAAGAGGAGACCGACAAGGCGAAUUUAUUCGUGGUGGAGAUAUUUUUUAUCCAUUUGCAAACUAUGAAAUAUAUUUUUCAUACAAUAAAG